UCAGAACAGCAAGCAUACAUAAAAAGUCAACUUCCACAUAAAGACUUAACAUCUACUUAGAAGGAAUUAGGAAGUGUGUGUUUGCAUAAGCAAAGCAAUAUGUUCUAUUUGUAUGGCAUAACGGAUACCAAGCUUAAGACUAAGAAGGAGAAGAAAGGGGUUAAAAAACAUAUUACGGUACCACCAAUUAAAUAUCGAACCAUUGAUCUACUCGAACGCCCCGAGAAAUACGAUCGUGAUACAUGCCCCAUCCAGUUCCGGGUCACUCCCGCAACCCUCGUCGAGCAAUGUGUUAGUGUAGUCGAUAAGUUGCCAUUGCCAUCGAUCUACGAGUGGAACGACAAGAACAUACGACUAUGGAUUUGCCGUCUGGGGUAUCCGCAGUAUAUGCGCACAUUUCGUGUGAAUAUGAUCUGGGGUCGAAAGUUGUUGUUACUGGACGCUGAUGCGUUGUCGGCGAUGAAUAUCAAGGAUUUUGAUCACAUAAAGCACAUUACCAAUAGCAUUCGAAUGUUGUUUCACUUUGAGCUGACGAAAUUCUCGCACAGUAUUUCGCUGCCGGAUGAGAAACCCAACGAGCUCUAUUUGCUGUGGCACACGCAGACGGGCCUCAACUAUGAUGCAGUUCGUCGCUCGGAUUUGUAUAGACGCAUGCAACUCAUACGGGAACGUUCUCCAAAUCUGGAUCAUUGGGAUAUGCUCGAUAUGUGGCUACGUCGGGAACGUGAACGCAAGUACAGCGAGCUGAUUGCACUCGUGCCGCGCUAUAAGUUGUACACGUGCAAGGAGACCCCAGCAGACAGUACAAGUCAGACCAUAUCGGAAACUGGCAAGGAGCUGGUUGGCCUCGUGCCGCAUUAUAAUAUAUACUCGUUCUCUAAGCGAACUAGGUUGGAUGUUCUUCAUCAAGCUAACUGCAUGCCGCCCUGCGAUUGCUUCUGGACAAUGCAGGACAUAUCUCUGCCGUGGCGUCUACAUUGUCUGGGUGUGGCUAAGCCGACCGGCACCAUCACGAAGAGUAAGUGGCUGGCACAUGAGAACAAUUGUGCCGAUUGUGUUCCGCCCUGCGAAUGCCACUGGCUAUCUCGUCAUUAUUUGACCGGUACGGUACUAACCUGCCUGAAGAAGCACUUUCCCGUUAAGUUUGCCCCCACUUUUGACUCUGGCCAUGACACACAGGUACCCCCCGGAAUGAUUGAAUGUUGGACUCGCUUCUCUAUUUAGAUUGUUAUACUUUAUCCCACCCAUCUAUAUGCAUAUGGGUGUGUCCAUUGUUGUUGAUUUGCUUUGCUCCAUAUUGGGGGAAAUUUUCUAAAAAAUAUUAAUACAUCUACAUAUAU